AUGGAGCGGGCUGGGUCUGGGGCCAAGUCCCUGUUCCCUCAAGGGCCCAGCUUCACCCUUGACGACUUCUCGAACCAGGACUUUGUUGUCCGCGAAUUCGUCGAUACUCUAGCUGAGAAUGCUGUGCCAGCGAACCGUCGCUCAGGUCCAGCGCAGCCUGCCUUCGACCCCAAGCCCCUCAUUCGCACAUUUGAGAAUGCGCUGUCGCAACUUGGAUCGUUGUCCGAGGAACUCCAGGAGAGGGAAUCGGAGCUCCAAUCCAACGUGCGAAGGGCCGAAGCCCAGCAUGACCAAACCCUCGACACCCUUGGCCGGAAGCUCGACCAGUCCAUGGCGUCCUUUGAGGCACUCGAUCUAUCGCUAAACCAACCCACGACCAAUGGCGCCGACAAGAACUCGAGGCAAGAGGUGGGCGGAAAUAUUGCUGUGCAGAUUGGUGAGAAACUCGAAGAGCUGGAUAGGAAGCGGAGACGGGCUCAAGACGCCAACUUCCUCAUCCAGUGCUGGAUUGAGGUUAGCGAAACAGGCCAACUCACGUCGCUGGAGGAGAUCCAGAGACAGGGAGGAGCAGAGAACAAAGUCCGAUGCGCAGUCAUCUCUCGCCAGCUUAUGCGCAUCAGUCAGCGGCUCGAUCCGUCAUCUUGGGGCCAGAAGAACGGGAUGAAUGGAUUUCGAGGAAACGGAGUCACGAACGGGGUCACCGGGAACAGUCGCGUGCACAACACAAGGGAAGUUCUCGAAAAAUUCUCGGAAUCUCUGGAACAAGAGUUGUUGAAGCAGUUCAACAGCAGCUACCGACGUCAGAACUUCGACGACAUGAUGGAAUGCUCAAAAGUGCUUUACGACUUCAACGGGGGCGCCAGUGUCAUUGCCACUUUUGUCAAUCAACAUCAAUUCUUCAUCGACAGAGAUCAGUUGAUCUCAGACGAAGUGACAAUGGACGGAGACACUUGGGAACAGAUCGCAGACCCCGACUCUGACCCGCCUGGCGUUGAAGCCAGCCUGCAAUCUCUCAUUGACGAAGUCAAACUCGUCAUGCAGGAGGAAUCAUUCAUCAUCAAACGGGCGUUCCCCUUUUACGAAACCGUCUUGAUCAAAUUCAUCCAAAGAGUGUUUCAGCAGUCCAUCCAGCAACGGCUCGAGAUGGUACUCGACAAGGCUAAUGAGGUCUCGUCUCUAGCGUUUCUGAGAUCACUGCACUCUUCGAGGACAUACAUCAGUACUUUGAUUGAAGACCUGAAAUCACACGGCCUGACUGAGCACCCAGAGCCAGUUUCCCCACAAAUUUCCCAGACCCUGGAUCAGCAGAUGGAGGAACUGUUUGUUCCCUAUCUUGUCGGCAACUCGUACAUUGACCGAGAGAAGAAGAGUCUCGAGGAGACAUACAACUCCUUGCUGUUCAAGUUCACGACAUAUCACUCCAAGAGGAAGAAGGCGCCAACUGGCUUCAUGGCUUCUCUUGCUCAACAGAGUUCACAGCUGAUAUCCUCGGCGAAGGACGCCUACCUCGAGCGCCUCGAUUCAUCCGAAUUGACGGCCACCCAGAAGGCCAUGAUGCUUCGAGUCGCAGGAAUCCAAGACAACAACGAAAACAAGGAUGACGUGGAGGUGUCAGAAGAGGACGGAAUUCUCAGCCUUGCCAAUGCCAAGAGAAUGAUGAAGUGGCUCGCGGAGUCCGUCCGUAGAACCCUUGAACUUGGCUCCCCUGUCGACACGCCCAAGGACGUCAACGUCCUCCUCAACCUCUUGCUUACAACGAUGGGGCGCGUCUAUGUCGAGACGGCUCUAGAUGCCGCUCUCGACAAUGCCUCAUCCCAGGAGAAUAUCAAGUCGGAGCCGGACUUGACCUAUCUCCCCGCGAUACGCCCGGCGGUAACCAUUACCAGCAUCAUGGAGCGCUUCAUCACCACUGUGCUGAUCAAGCUCGCCGAGUCCAACACCACGGUCCGCCGCAGCAUGUCGUCGCAGACAAAGUCCGCCAUUGACAGCAUCGAGCGCAAGACCAACGCCGUCAUGCGCAGCUCCAUCGAUGUUGUUACUAACUGGGUCACGCGUUCCCUGGCAAGCCAGAAGAAGUUUGAUUUCCGUCCGCGCGACGCAGACCUCGACUCUUUACAGACGGCCACGUGCCUGCAAAUCAGCCAGUUCCUCUCGCGCGUCUCCAAGCACGCUGCACAGGCCGUCGACGGCCAGAACCUGGAAGUCUGGAGCUCCGAGGUCGCCCUGGCCAUCCUGGCCUUGCUCUUUGAUCAUUUCAAAAAGUUCCAGGUGAACGCCACGGGAGGACUCAUGGUCGCACAGGAUCUGUCCAAAUACUCGUCCACUCUCAAGGAGUGGUCGCUCGCACCCGAUGUCGAGACCUCGGUCGAGCUCCUCACCGAUAUCGGCUCUCUCUUCAUCGUGGGUCCCGAGGCGCUGAGGGAGAAGUCUCGCACGCUCGCCGCGGGACCCUCCGGCCAGGGCAAGAAGCUGACCAAGGCCGAUUUCAAGGCCUUUGUGCAGCGGCGUGAUGACGCCAGUAGUGUUGGCAUCCAGAGCGUGCUGGCGGGGCUCUGA